CCAGACAAUAGAAGAGUAGCAAUUGCAAUAGGAAUGUUAAGGGAAGAAGCAGCUGACUGGUAUAAUUUAAGUAGAGUAGAUGCAGGAGGAAUCCCAGAUGCCUUUAAAGUACAAAUGUUCUUGAGCGAAUUAAAUAAGGAACUAGCAACUUUAGUUGCAAUUCAAAAUCCAGCUAAUUUAGAUACCACUAUUACUCAAGCUAAAACU